AUGGCUUUGCAAGAUGUCUGUGGCUUUCAGGAGACCCCACUGUACCCCGGAUGGAAUUGCUCUGCCUCCUGCUUCGUUUUCUCCGAUGACAGAGCCCUGUGUGCUCACCCAGCAGACAAGGAGGAAGCCGCUGGGAGAGCACGUUUCGAGAGAGGCGGGGAGAGCCCUCUUCGGCUUCUGCUCCCACCUUGGCAGAGCGUCACUCACAGUCGCGGCAGGCAUUCCCUUUUCUCUGCUACAGUCACGUCCACCCCUUGGCCUUUCACGCUGGCCCACGGCACCACUACUCUGGCUUUCACGUUCCAGGGGGGCGUGAUCGCGGCAGCCGACACCCGGGCCAGCUGUGCGGGUCUGGUCGCGUGCCCAUCUGCCCGGAAGGUGACGCCCAUCCACUCGCACCUGGUGGUCACUUCCUCGGGCAGCGGGGCAGACUGCGUGUUGUGGGAGAGGGUCCUAGCCAGGGAGAUCCGACUAUACCAGCUCCGGCACGGCCGAAGGCUGUCGGUCAGCGGGGCAGGCAAGCUGCUUGCGCUUAUGCUGCACCCUUUCAAAGGCACUGAGGUGUGUGUAGCAGCCACUCUGUGUGGUUGGGAUGAAGGGGAUGAGCCAGGCCCCAGGGUGUGCUAUGUGUGCAGUGAUGGCCUGCGGCUGAACGGAGAGCUGAUUUCAGUAGGCUCGGGCUCUCCCUACGCGUACUCCGUGCUGGAUGCCGGCUGGAGGUGGAGUAUGACUGUGAACGAGGCCGUCGCCCUGGCUAGGGAGGCUGUCUACAGGGCCACUCACAGGGACGCGUAUUCCGGGAACAACGUAGACCUGUUUCACAUCACUGCCCGAGGAUGGAAGUGCAGAAGAAGGGAGGAUCUGAAGGAAGAAUACUACAAAGAGAAUAGGAGAGGAAAGGAGAUGAUGUGA